CGAAACUUAAAUUCCGUAUUCUUGCCACUAGUUUCAUACUAGCCUACGUCGCUGAUAUCACCAGGAGAACGCAGUGUCAUGGUCACUCUAUUAUUCCCAUUCUACCAGCUAUAAUAACCUAAUGGAAAAAGUAGAGAGGUUACGAGGUAAUCUGAGAGUGAAAAUAUCUUCAGAUUGUGUUUCCCAGCUGAUGAGGACUGGCUGAAGAUGAUGAAGAUGACGCAUAUACAGGGGACACCCCAGCAGUGUCAGGGGCUGCAGGGACCUCUGUGAUUGUUGACCCUACCUCAUCCCUGAUCUCCCCAGCUCUGCAGGGGCUCACCAUGGCCACUCGGAGGACACCCUUGGUCCAAACCAGCUUGGUGAAAGACUUUAACCACUUCAUUACCUGCUACCUGUGCAGAGGUUACCUGAUCAAACCCACCACGGUCACUGAGUGCCUGCACACAUUUUGUAAGAGCUGCAUCAUCCAGCACUUUGAAGACAGUAAUGACUGUCCCAAAUGUGGCAUUCAAGUCCACGAAACGAACCCUCUAGAGAUGCUAAGGUUGGACAAUACUCUUGAGGAAAUCAUUUUCAAGCUUGUGCCUGGAUUACGAGAAAAAGAGGGACAGCAGGAGAUUGAUUUCUGGAGGAAGAAUAAAUCAAAAGAAAGUUCACAAGGAGACGGCCUUGGGUCGAAGAAGCUUGGGCUCAGUGAUGAGGAUGAUGAUGAUGAUGAUGAUGACCAGGAUUACCACAGGAGCGACCCCCAGAUAGCCCUCUGCCUCGACUGUCUCCACAACAAUGGCUAUGCUGCAGACAACACAGUGAAGUGUUUAUUGAAGAAGUUCAUUCAUUGCUCUAGUCGAGUCACGGUGGGAACCAUCAAGAAGUUUCUCAGUCUAAAGUUAAAGCUUUCUAGCUCUUGUGAGCUGGAUGUGCUGUGUAAUGGGGAGAUCAUGGGGAAGGACCACACUCUGGAGUUCAUCUACAUGACCCGCUGGAGGCUGCACAGUGACCACAGAUUUCCCAUGGUCCUGGAGUAUAGGCCACGAAUAGACUUUGGGUGAACGAAGCCCUGGAAGCCUUCAUAGACAAACAAAGCAAGGACUGGAUGUACAUGCAGCCAAGGCCAGGAACUCUGUCCUUCCAAACCUUUCUGAACUUCUCAACAUUUGACCAUUUGUUUUUUCUUUCUCAUUCUGUUUCAUUUAGUUGCGUCCUUUGUUGUUGGAACAUUCUGUGUCCUUUGUUGUUGGAACAUUCUGUGUCCUUUGUUGUUGGAACAUUCUGUGUCCUUUGUUGUUGGAACAUUCUGUGUCCUUUGUUGUUGGAACAUUCUGUGUCCUUUGUUGUUGGAACAUUCUGUGUCCUUUGUUGUUGGAACAUUCUGUGUCCUUUGUUGUUGGAACAUUCUGUGUCCUUUGUUGUUGGAACAUUCUGUGUCCUUUGUUGUUGGAACAUUCUGUGUCCUUUGUUGUUGGAACAUUCUGUGUCCUUUGUUGUUGGAACAUUCUGUGUCCUUUGUUGUUGGAACAUUCUGUGUCCUUUGUUGUUGGAACAUUCUGUGUCCUUUGUUGUUGGAACAUUCUGUGUCCUUUGUUGUUGGAACAUUCUGUGUCCUUUGUUGUUGGAACAUUCUGUGUCCUUUGUUGUUGGAACAUUCUGUGUCCUUUGUUGUUGGAACAUUCUGUGUCCUUUGUUGUUGGAACAUUCUGUGUCCUUUGUUGUUGGAACAUUCUGUGUCCUUUGUUGUUGGAACAUUCUGUGUCCUUUGUUGUUGGAACAUUCUGUGUCCUUUGUUGUUGGAACAUUCUGUGUCCUUUGUUGUUGGAACAUUCUGUGUCCUUCGUUGUUGGAACAUUCUGUGUCCUUCGUUGUUGGAACAUUCUGUGUCCUUCGUUGUUGGAACAUUCUGUGCUUGUGGCCAAAGUGAUCUUCAAGACAUGUAACUAAAGCCAAGCUUAGCUGAAACAUGGGUGUAUGAAUAUAUCAAAGUUGUAUUUACUCCCAACUCCAAGGGCUUCCACCCAAUGCCUGACUAAAACAUGUUUUAUGUCUUUUAUAAAUGCACAUAACAUAUCCACAGAUUUGCCCACCAUCAAUCAAUUAGGGAAAUUUUCCUGUGACAGGGCACCUUAAUAAUGUUGUCAACAAGUUUCAAAGAGUCUAAACCGAAGCCCAUUCGUCUUCAUUCUGUUCCAUGCUCAGUUAAUAACCAGUCUGACAAGCUGCUGAAAUCUACAAACGCUCUCUGGCAGAGGCUGGGCAACCUGCAGGAUGGGGAGAGAAACAUUAAGCCUCUCUUUCUCUGUCACACACACUCAACCCAUACUGCGGUGUGAUUACCCUGGCUCCUGCCAAUCUCAGACUUGUGCUAAUAGCUUUUUUGGCACCGUUCUGAGUGCGGAGGUAUUAUAUUUCAGUUUUUCAGAUUGAUCAUAGUAUGUUUAGACUAGAGAUAUACUAUCUUACAUGUUUUUAAAGGGAAACUAAUGGUGUGUACAUUUCAUAUUGUUACUAGACCUUUGAUCUAAAUGUGUUUUAUGAAAUAGAUGACAUUACAACAUGAGAGUAAGAUAUAUGUAUUAUGGAUCUUGGAUAUAUUUGAUCACAGAACAUCUUUGUGCACUGUACGAGCGGGUUGGCCAUAAAGCUUAUUCUAUUAACGUUGAGGUGUACUGAAGUGGUCUCUUUCAGAGUAAUUCAGUAUAGAGAGUAUAAGGUAUCUGCUUCCUUACCUAGACAUCUCAUGUUUAGCCUUUUCAUCUAUGUUGAUAUGAUUUAUAUGUGAAGAACAUUGAGGUGAAGACACGCUGUCCAUCUGCUGAAAAAUAGGAUGCAUUUUGGAAACAUGUACAUAUUCUUAUGGUUAAUGUUUUAUGCUGCUUAGAAUAUAUUUUUGAAAUGUACUGCCUCUGAAUCAUUCUUGAGAGCUGUGAAGAAAAAUAGUUCAUAUCUGUAUUUGAUUUAUAAUUAUUACUCAUGAAUAAAUGUAAUGUUUUGUA